AUGCGCAUUCUUUAUCUCUCCCUCCUGCUCUGCGUUGCGCAGGCAUUUAUCCCGACGUAUCUAGCUGACGCUACAACUAGAGACGCUGAGAACAAUGCUGCGCUUGAGCAAAGGGAAGACGUCCCUCCUGUCGAGCAACACACCGGCAUAGCCACAGCUCCCGCACUGACUAGCGACCAAUUGUCGCGACAUGAGCCGACGCAUCACGAUAGCACUGCAGCUCAUGGUAACGCAGGCGAGGGUGCCAGCCAUGCUUCUCCACCAACCCGCGAAGAACACUCUAUUUCCCGCCGAGACAUCAAGGAGUACAUAGCUCUGGUAAAGAAAGAUAUCGACAUCAAGAACUACCACGAUUUCUUGAAGAGCAAGGUGGUGCCUGGUUCCUGGAUGUAUCAGAUCGGGCCGGACGACAAGAUCCUCGGAUAUGGAAGUCUCAACUUGACACAGGAGGCAAAGAAAGAAGUAGAGAAUCACGAAGAUACUUCCGGUAUGAUGGAAGAGCUUCCCGUGGUAUCUCUACGGGCUCUCCCGGCUGAGCAGUCACUUGAUGCAGUGUACAAGCAGUCAGAAGCGAUUGAAAGAGAAGAAAAGCUCGUGUCCAGAGCUUUGACAUGGAAGAAACAGGAAAACGCCGAUGAUGCUCUCCUUAUGGAUAGUCUGUAUCCGUACGUAUGA